AUGGCCGCCUCCACUACAAACUCUCCUUCGACUGGUGAAGUUAUCUUCACCAACAACACAAACACACUCUUCAACGUCAACACUGCCAACGUCACUAAGCUUAAUGAUACCAACUAUCUCAUGUGGAGUCUCCAAAUCCAUGCCUUGAUUGAUGGCUACGAGCUCUCUGGUUAUCUCGAUGGAUCUACAAAACCUCCUCCUCCCACUGUCACGGUGAAUGACACAACUACACCAAAUCCUGAUUUCACGAUCUGGAAGCGUCAAGAUCGUCUCCUCUUUAGUGCUCUCUUGGGUGCUAUGGCUACUUCUGUUCAACCGUUGGUGUCUCGUGCUACCACUACUGCUGAUGCAUGGGCAACUCUUUCUGAUACGUUCGCCAAAGCUAGCCGCAGUCAUUUUAAACAAAUCAAAGAUCAGAUCAAGGUCUGGACAAAAGGUAACAAAUCAAUAGAUGAAUAUGUUCGUGGUCUAACUGUCCGCUUUGAUGAGCUUGCUAUACUUGGGAAACCGAUGGACCAUGAAGAUCAAAUUGAGAAGAUUCUCGCUGGUCUUCCUGAAGAUUACAAACCGGUGAUUGAUCAGAUUGAAAGCAAAGAUUCUCCCCCCACCAUAACCGAAGUUCAUGAACGUCUCCGCAAUGGCGAAGUCACUCUCCGUGCUGCUUCCACCACUACCCCAUUUUUGACCUCUGCUAAUGCUGUUCAGUACCACCGUAGAGGUGAAGGAUCUCAGUACGGGGGUCCCAUUACUCCAAGGUCGGACUGCUAA